UGCAUGGCCUGUACAAGUCGUGACUCUGUGGCGGGCGGUAUUGUAUAUUGGAACUUCUUACAUAAUUUCGGUGCACCGUCAUAUAUAUGCCAUCUACAAGCAAGAAAAACUGUCAGAUUUUUGUAACGAUUCGACAGUGACUACCUUGCAUGGGUCACUUUAAAACUGAAGAAUUCAGCCCUUGGAUAAAGAUCUUAAUGGUUCUUGUUGAAAACAAGCCGAACUCGCUUAAACUCAACAGCGUGGCGAGACAAUCUAGUCGAUACUCUGCCAGGGAUCCUAGAUUAAGACGUUAAAUCAGACCAAUUAACCUACCCACUGCCAGUAUUAACUUAACUUGUACCAAUGGAAUUAGAUGAAAAAACUAUAGUACUUAGAAAUCGCACGCAACGCGAUAAAACAAAGCCUCUAGAUGCGGUUCGUGAAUCUCUUUUAACUGAAUCAACGUCAGGAAUUGUGAAAGGCGAAGAGGAUACAACGAGUAGUUGCACGACUUUUUCCAGCCCUGAUGUUGAAAGUAGUUAUGAUUACCUUUCUACAAAUGGUAAAAUAACGGAAUUGUAUAAUGAAAAUUGUGAGAUAACUAUAAAUAAUACAAAACAAGAAAAUACUAACCACACCAAGAGCGUAAGUUAUGAUAAAGAACUCAAAAAGGAGCAGAAUCUUAUAAAUACGGCACCCCCUAAAGCGAUAAUUCCAGAUGGUGGGUGGGGAUGGGUUGUGGUCUUUUCAUCUUUUGUUAUAUCGGUGAUAGCAGAUGGAAUAAGUUUUUCAUUUGGUUUAUUAUACAUGGAAUUUCUGGACGAGUUUAAAGCUAGUAAGGCUACUACUGCUUGGAUAGGAAGCUUAUUCAUUGCAGUGCCGUUACUUGCUGGACCAGUGAUGAGUGCUCUAGUGGACAGAUAUGGCUGUCGUAGUAUGACUAUAUUGGGGGGACUUAUUUCUACCCUUGGCUUUGUAUUGGCAUCUGUUUCAAACUCAAUAGAAUUGAUUAUGUUGACAUUUGGAGUUAUCGCUGGUUUAGGCCUCGGACUUGUUUAUGUUACUGCCGUAGUUUCUAUUGCUUACUGGUUUGAAAAGAAAAGAAAUCUCGCUGUAGGCUUGGGAGCGUGUGGAACAGGCGUUGGUACUUUUAUUUACGCACCGAUGACACAAUAUUUGAUUAAAGAAUUUGGAUGGAGAGGAACGAUCUUGAUUUUAGCUGGUACUCUUCUAAAUUUGUGCGUUUGCGGUUGCGUUAUGAGAGAUCCAGAAUGGUGGAUAUUAGAACAGAGAAAGGAGAAAUCUGAAAAAGAGGACUUGAAAUCAGUAAGAGAUGAUGCCAAAUCUAAAAAUUCUAGCUCUGCCUCUUUAGCCAAUUCGUUUACAUUUGAUGAUGAAUUUACCCAUGGUAAAAACAUGAAACGCCUUAUUUCUAAGGGAGUACUUCCAGAGAAAGUUAUUAAAGAUGAAGUUGCGGCAAUACGCCGUCGACAGAUCAUGUUGUUAAUGAGAAAGAAGAAUAGUGAAAAGAGGACAAGUUCUCUUAUUGACUUGCCCUCUUAUUUGAUUAGAAUUAAUAAGAUACCUAAUCCAUUCACAAAUACGAGUAAGGAAUGUGACGACGGUAUGAAAUUCGUUUCAUUUUCAAACAACAUGAAUGACGGUGAUCUUGAAUCAAGAAAAAAAUCGCCAAAAACCAUUAACGAAACAAACCCUAAUAAAAAUAAAAUAAUGGAUGAAAAGCCGGAAAUCAAAAGGUCUAUGUCCGAAGCAAAAUAUUUACGACCCUUGCUAAAACAAGACAGUAAGGAAAACAAGAAGGAUUGGUUCAAAAAACAAUUGUCGAUAAACCAUCAUUAUCUAAGGGACUUGAAGAUGCCAUUAACCUCAAUAAGCCAUAGGAACGCAUUAUUGAAUAUAAAACGGUAUAAGUUGAAGGCGUCGUCCUGCCCUGAUAUAUUUAAGAACUCAAUGGUUACAGUCAACGAGGAUGAAGAGAAAUGGUAUGAUGAUUGCGUCAGUGUUCUCGCUGAUAUGUUUAACGUGGACCUCUUCAAGAAAGUGACAUUCGACCUUUUAUGUAUUGGCACGAUUAUAAUUUUUGUAUGGUUCAUUGUACCAUACUUCUACCUCGCUGAGCAUAUGAUACACAAAGGUUAUGGGGAAGAUGAAGGAGCAGUCCUGUUGAGUCUGAUUGGAAUUACAAAUACAAUUGGGAUGGUGGGCCUUGGCUGGAUUGGAGACCUUCCUGGCGUGUCAAUUGGCAACCUGUAUGCCAUUUGUCUUAUAAUCUGUGGGGCUUCGGUCCUUGCCAUACCCCUGGCUGUUUACAACUAUUGGUUGCUGGCCUUUUUCUGUGGCCUUUUUGGAUUGAUGUUUGCAGCGGCCUUUACUUUUGUACCUAGCCUUUUGGUGAAAUUGGUGUCUUUGGAUGACUUUACCUCAGCGUAUGGAUUGGUUUUGCUAGCGGAGGGGAUUGGACAUUUAAUUGGACCACCGUUAUCUGGUCUGAUCUACGAUUUGACUUUUUCCUGGGAGCUGUCAUUCUAUCUGGCUGGAGGUUGGAUAAUUGUAGCUGGCAUCUUAACUUCUUUCAUACAGCCUAUUAGGUCUUACCAGCAACGUCGGCAAGCUGAAAGAGAAAGCAAUAUUAUAUCUCUCAGCUAGAAGAGUCUGAUGGCAUAAUGAUUCGAAUACAAUACAUACACACAUAUAAUAAUAUAUAACUAUUCCAUUUGGAACAUAAGCAACAUUGUUGUCUAAAAGGAACCGAGGUCUUAAUGUAAUUUCAGUGCAGUGCUGGUAUAUAAAGAACUAUUUUACAGUUAGUCUUUAAAAUACCUAUAUUGAUGUUUUAAGCAUAUUAGCUUCAAUAUAAAUUAGCUAUAUGACAACUUUAUCUUUCGAAAAUCUAUUUUUAUUAAUAAGACAAAGUAUUCCAUAUAGUUUUACUAAAAUACAUUAAAAAUAUUUGCAAUUCACUAAUGACUAAAAAUACCAUAGAAUCUUCUAAAGCGGAUCGAGUGUUCACGCCAAGAAUAUUUUUUUUUAAAGAUCGUAUUUAUGGCACAUACGUCUAUAAUGCCGAUAUAGAAACCGAUUUUUUUAUACAGAUUCCUAAAUAUACACAGAGACCGUAACAGGUCGCGUCCUGGUAUACUUAUAUUUACUGAAACUGACUGAAAUCUGGGACUAUUGUAGAGUGAAAACAAUCUGUUUUAAAAUAUUUUAUUUAUCGGCUUUUCACAGCCAAUAACUUACUAGUAUUAAUCACUUAACUCCUUUGGAAUCUUUGUAGUAGUUAUCUAUGGUACUAAAAUUUAUACCAAUCUACAAAUAUUAUACUAAGCACAAAUUAAAUGCUUUCUAGUCAAAUUAUAGUAUUAUAUGUAAU